GAUAAGUCAGGCCGCUGCCGCGACUCCCGGCAAUGAGAGAAUUAAUGCACCUUACUGUACACAGGUGUACACUAUCUCCAAUGACAAUCGUUUUCGUGCGCGAGGCCCCGAUACCGUCGAUCACGGCGCGCGAUAUGUCACGCUCAGGUUAGAGGACGGCAGUUUACGAUGAUCAACAACGACGGUGACGGCGUGACGAUGACAGUGGUACGCGCUGUCACCAGCAGCGCGUAGUGCGGACGGGGAAUCCUGGGCUGCCGUUCACGCGGGAGCGAGCGGGAGAGCGUCGUUGCGCCGCGCCGAGCCGAGCCGAGCGUCGGACACCUGGGUGAUACCCGUGAGACGCAGAGUCCGCCUUCCUAGGGCGAGAGGAAGGAAAAGAUGCCGUUAGUCGUGAGGAAUUGCCCGCACCUGGCGAACCGCGGCGAUCUCGCCUUCAUCGAGGCGGUGAUGGCCCGGGAGGAGCGUUUCGCCAAGUGCAGCGACUGCGACACCCCGGGGCCCAACCUCUGGCUCUGCCUGUUCCCCGAUUGCCGUUGGGUCGGCUGCGCGGAGACGCACCUCGACCACAGCACCAUCCACAACCAGAACUUCCCGACCCACUGCGCCCACAUGAACCUGUCCACAAACAGGAUCUGGUGCUACGCCUGCAAGAGCGAGGCCAUCAUCAAGCACGUGCCGUCGCCGCCGUUGUCGCCGACGCAGGUGGAGUUUAAGACUAUGGGCAACAAGUACGCCGGGGACGCUCCCGGCAGCGUCGAGUCCAAGCUGGACGGCCUGGACAGGCUGAUGCUCGAUAAGUUCUAUGGAGAUUGGUCGAUAAACAGAGUCAAUUCGGAGAAAGGGAGUUCAUUCAACGAACGAUCCGGGGAUUCGCCCGACAGUACGGAUUCGGAUGAGAGCAAGGACUUCUCCGGGAAGCCGAGGGGUCUUGUGGGCCUGCAGAACAUCGGCAACACGUGCUACAUGAACGCGGCGCUGCAGGCCCUGUCCAAUGUGUCUCCCUUGACUCAGUUCUUCUUGGAUUGCGGCCAUAUGGUCAGUUACAUGUCGAAAGACAGGAAACCUGGGCUUAGUCUCAACUAUCUGAAUCUUAUUCGGGAUAUGUGGAACAAGAAGACCAGGGGGUAUGUCGUGCCGCAUGGCAUCCUCUCGGGUAUCAGAACGGUCCACCCGAUGUUUCGAGGAUACCAUCAACACGACACGCAGGAAUUUCUCAGAUGUUUCAUGGACCAGCUGCACGAGGAGCUGAAGGAGCACAUCGAGGACGACAGGGACGUUCAGUUGCGGCUGAAGGGAUUGGGGGACCAGUCCUCCGAGGACGAGGACGAGACCGAGAUCGACGGCAAUGCCUCCAGUCAGUCCGACGCCGAAUACGAGACCUGCGACUCGGGCGUGAGCGAGCAGAGCUCCCUGAGCGACGAGGGUGAGCGCGGCACGAAGAGGCGAUACUCGCGCGUGUCGCAGACGGAGAAGCUGCGGACCAAGUUCACCAACAGGAGUAUGAAGAAGUCGAAUGUCGAGCCGACGUUCGCCCCGCCGCAGCGCUCGCCGCAAAACUCGCCGGCCAAGCACCGCACCAAGAAGCAGAUGAAGACGCGCAGCAUCAUCAGCGACACGUUCGACGGCAAACUCUUGAGCAGCGUGCAGUGUCUGACGUGCGAUCGGAUUUCCACGCGAGUGGAGACCUUCCAGGACUUGUCCCUGCCGAUCCCGAGCAGAGAUCACAUCGACAUGCUACAUCAGGGAUCGCUGACGCCGCAGAAGGCCGGCCCGUGCUCGGACGUGGUCUACGUGACCAAUCAGUCGGGCUGGCUGUCGUGGUUCCUGCAGUGGAUGCGCUCGUGGUUCUGGGGACCAGUGGUUAGUCUGCACGACUGCCUGUCCGCGUUCUUCAGCGCCGACGAGCUGAAGGGCGACAACAUGUACAGCUGCGAGAAGUGCAACAAGCUGCGCAACGGCAUCAAGUUCUCCAAGGUCCUGGAGUUACCCGAGAUACUGUGCGUUCACCUCAAGAGGUUUCGCCACGAACUCAUGUUCAGCUCGAAGAUCGCCAAUUACGUAUCGUUCCCCCUCGAGGGUCUCGACAUGAGACCCUACUUGCACAAGGAGUGCGUGUCCAAGGUCACUACUUACAACCUGAUCUCGGUCAUCUGCCACCACGGUACGGCCGGCGGUGGCCACUACACCUGCUACGCGUUGAAUCCCAUCGCCAACAAGUGGUACGAGUUCGAUGACCAGUGCGUCACGGAGGUGUCGCCGGAGACGGUGAAGCACUGCGAGGCGUACGUGCUGUUUUACAAGAAAUGGUCGCCGGAGAUACUGCAGCUGCGCGACAAGACCAUGGAGCUGAUGGAGAUAUCGUCCCGCGAGGUGUCCGAUCUGAACUUCUUCGUGUCCCGGCAGUGGAUCAACCGCUUCAACACGUUCUCCGAGCCCGGUCCGAUCGACAACUCCGACUUCCUGUGCCCGCACGGGGGAGUAAUCCCCGUCAGGGCGCAGUUUGUCGACAAGAUCAGCAUGCCUAUACCGCAAGCAGUUUGGGAAUACCUGUAUAACGCAUUUGGAGGAGGCCCAGCUUGCACGCACCUGUACGAGUGUCCAACCUGCGAGGAGAAGUACGAAUCCCUGCAGAAACGCAGGCAGUACGAGAUGGAACUAUUCCAACGGUUGAACACCGACAAUCCCACGGCCAUUUACGCGUUGGCCAUGGCGUGGCUGAGGCAGUGGCAGAGCUUCGUCCGAGGCAAGGAGACGCAGCCACCAGGACCAAUCGAUAAUAAUUCCAUCGUUGUAAAUAAAAAUGGGCAAAAUAGUCUUAAAGUUGGCUCGGACUACGGUCAGAUCCCCGAAGAACUGUGGCAAUUCUUCCUGACUACGUACGGCGGUGGACCAGAGCUAAUGCUGCACUCGUGUCAACGACCGGUGCCCGCUCAGCCUAACGUUUCUAUACAUUCCGCGUCGAAUCCAAAUUUGAUAGAUCCGAGUCUUAAGUGCAAUCGCGUAGAAGCUAAGUCCAACAAACUUUGUACGACCAGGAGCUCGGAGACGAUCUCGCAACAGGACAGCGCGAUCGAGAGCCUAAUUUCAAGCAGCGACUCCCAUCAGACGCAGAGGGACGUGAGCGAGUGAGUAGACGCGUGCGAAUUGCAAUUUCGCAGCCUCGUUCGCUACGACGAACAUUUCCAUUGGUUUUCAUUAAGUUUAGCCUCUAAGUAAAGUCAAAUUAUUCUACUUUCGAAUUUUUGCGCUUUCGAAGUUUCACGCUCAGAUCGAACGAAGCUUAGCGCUUCCUCGUUAGAUUGUUAAAGUCGAUCUCCGAUACCUAUGUAUGGAAAUGAAACAAUCGCUGUCGUUCUUUUUUGGCGAAUUGACGGUGAAAAGACAAUCGGAUACUUUUAUACCGGUAGCGAUUUUUGUACGAAAUUUGUAAAGCCGAGUUGUGUGCGUCACUUGCUAAAUCUGAAAGUAAUCGAGCCAGAAGGAAGAACCAUAUGAGUAUGUGAUCGAAUGACUGCGUUUUAUUGUAAUAUAUAGCGCGACAUAUCUCGACGGCAAUUGUAUUUUGUCAUAAUAUAUAGCAACAUAUUAAUCUUGAGAGAACUGAGGGCAGAACACUUGUCUCUCGGUUCGCUAUGGGAAGAAGUCAUCGAGAAAUGCCAUACUCUCGAACACGUUCUUCUUUCGUCUCCAAAUUAUCGAUUUGGAAUAUGGAAUGACACCGAUUGUUUCAAGUUCCAUCGCUCUCUGACGCUGCAAAGUGUCGCGAUUGCGCUCGUUCAGCGGCGUGAAAUUUCACCGUAUGUACAACUUCAUCGACGGGAAUAUUGUGUAUGAUGAUGGGAAACGUAGUUAUAGUACAAAAGAAAUUCAUAGACGACUAUAUUAUUUAAAUACAAAUCUUAGCUCGUACUUCUUUCUCGCCCAAAGUCUAGGCCGUAACGUCGCGCGACCUCGUAUAGUUGUAUCACAUAUUUUCGAUGUUUGUACAUUUGCCGGCGUGUGCGUGUGUGUAUCAUUCCUGCACGUAAAUACCAGGUGGCUUUCCUUUUUCUCUUUUUCGAAGCUCUGUACAUAACGUCGUUACUUUUUCUCCGUUGGCGGUAGCCUCUCAUCCGGAAGGAAAAAUAAAAGAUAUGGAAGACUGACAGAUCGAUUUUAUUUUAAAAAAAGAAAGAAAGAAAUGUUCAGUUAACUGUACGAUUUAGCGGCAGGUGAGUCGCGAGAUCGAACGCAAAGAACCUCUUUUUACAUUUUAUUCUUGAACGGAGGCAAUAUUGUUAUUGUUAUUUAGUAAAUUUAUCGCUGUACGUACACAUAUUUUUCAUAAUGUUCACAAAGCCAGCGAGGAUUUCUCGUAGCGUACGAUUCGCCGAUUCCUCACGCCGUUUUUUUAAUGUGAAACAGUUGAGCUUGGCAAUUAUUUGUUUAAGCGACGAAACGUGCUUCUUAAGGCUCCUGUUUUCUACAGCCGCGUUAAAUAUUAUACGACGUCAGAAAGAUUAAUCAUUGAUAUCUUUUCUGCACGUCGAGAUAACUUAGUUUUCCGCGUGCCAUUACGUUAAGCGUAACAGAAAUCUUGUCUUAUCUCACUUUAUAUGUUUGCCUCCUUCUGGCAAAAUUUUUACACAAUGUUCAAGUAUUUAUCGAGCACCGCUAUCGUCUGUAUUAUGUGUCACAGGUUGACUUUCAUGGUUUAUGAUAGUUGAAAAUUUAUUUAGAGUAUUUGAUAUUAUGGUUCAUAAUAUGUUAGAUUACAACAUAUAUUCCCUAUAUGCCGUGUUGUGAUAAAUAUUUUCAAGUUUAUAUAUCAUGAUUUGUUGCAAUAAAUUGCCUAAACAAUUAAAUAAUUUUAUAAUUAUUUAAUGACUUUGCUACGAGUUCAUAAAGCUUUAGUCUAGAAGUAGGAGCUUAGUAAAAACACUUGGCGAUUAUAAAUACUUGGACAUUUUGUAUUAAAAGAGUGCACGCACACAUUCUCUCUCCUUCUCUCUAGUACUUAAGAAGCGUGUUCUAUCGCAUAGGCCGUUAAUUGCGUAGUUUAAUUACUUUACGUUGGUAAAAAAGGAAAAAAACAAAAAGUGUCACGAGCUACUCGUGUGAGCUCAGUUGUGUUUCCGUGGAUUCCGUGUCUUGUUACCGAGAAUGUUCGUCCUCGUAUAACGAUUUUAAUACCACAAUUACGAGGAGGUAGAGGAAAAACGCAAUGCGAGCUCCACUCGCAGGGACGCAAACAAUUUUAAAGAAUUGUUAAGGCCAAUUGUCUGUAAUCAUUAUCCAGAGCGAAGUGCGUAAGGUGAAAAAUAAAUAAGUUGGUUUCUUUAUUUAUUGAAA